CCCUUUUCUCUCCGUUCAAGAAUCUCCUGCACCUUCUAGUACUCAAAUAACGUAUUUUUCACAGGAGAACCGUUGUGGAGACCUUUACUUCACUAUUGUGUUUUUCACAGCUAGGAGGUUUAUGUAUACAUAUCUUAAAUGCUAAAUGUAUCUUUUUCAUUUCUUGUUGUGCUGCAUUUCAGAUCUGAAGAAGAUGCCAACGUAUUCCUUGUGAGUGAUUUUCUGAAUACACCGCAGGUAUGAGUGGUGUGAUAUUCAAGUAGAUUAGUUUGUUUUUUACAACCGAAUCAUAGAUUCAUACAAUCCUUUGUGGAGGAAAAUAUUUCCAAAGAAGAAGGAAAAUUUACAUCACUAGUGAUAGAAGACCAUGAGUAACUUGCAAUCAAGUACCAAGACUGACACUGACAAGGACACCGGACACGACAUGAACACGGACACGUGGAUACCUGUGAAACACAUCAAACUCAACCUGAUACGGGCGUCCGUGACACCCCGGAUAUGGGCGUCCGUGUCGUGUCGUGUCGGUGUCGGUGUUGGUGUUCCUCUUUUGUUUUCGUAGUCCAAAUGUUACACUUGUUCUUCUAGCUAGAAAGAUGAGAAGAAUGAAAAUGCUUACAACUUAAAUCCCCUUUAGGUCUCUAAAGUCUCUCUUGUUAUUAUGCCAUUUUAAUUGUGCUGCUAAAUUCUCUAAAUGCUUGGGUUGACAAUGGUGAGGGCUGUUCCCCUUGGAGAUGCCCAGGGCUGUUCCCCUUGCAUGUGGACCUUCAAAUACAUCAGUUGAUGAAUCCAUUUUGAUUGAGAAGCAAGAAAGGGUUGAUAAUGGUGCCAAUGAUGGAAGAUUCAGUGUUAAUCAGUUCCACGGGAGAUCACGACAUAAAGUAGAUCCUGCUCGAGACCUCUCUAUUCAAGUUCUAGAGAAGUUUUCUCUUGUCACAAGAUUUGCCCGUGAAACAACUUCACAACUUUUUGGAGAAAACCAAAGUAAUGGAUUUAGUCCCAUUGACAGGAGGACCCAUAUCCAGACUAACCUUGAUCAUCCUAAGUCUUCCAAUGUUGAGGAAAAUACCUUUGUUGAAAGUCCUGUUGUCUUGGAUUCUCAGGAGUUUGAUAAUUUAUCGUUAGUAUGGGGAAAACCAAGGCAACCUCCUUUGGGUUCUGAAGAGGUAUGAGCUGUAUAUUUUAUAAACGAUAUUGUUUCUUAUAUAGGUUUCCAAAAUCAUCAUAUUGUAUACAUGAAUUUCUCUUGCAAAUGCUCUUUUGUCAUGAUGGUCAUUGAUAUUGUAAAUGUGCAAAUGAUGCAAUCUAGAAGGAUUUUUUAUUCUUGGCAAUGACUGGACCAAAAGUUAGACGGUCAGUAUGAUGGUUUUGGUUUAACUGCUUGCAAGCUUCAAUUAACUUUCUUCUUUUGACUCCCCCCUCCCACAUACGGGGCAAAUAAUGUUCUUUGAUGUUUAUUUUAUCUUCCAUGAUACAAUUGGGUGUA